CGGUAGUGCCGAUCGCACGGCGUCUCGCGGUUGACCAUCCACAGGCGACGUCGUUGCUGUCGUCGUUGUCGUCGUCGUCGUCGUCGUCGUCGUCCGCCACCACCGCUGCCACCGCCGCGGGACAGUUGCGGGACCCCAACUGUGGCACGCUCAUACCUAUUAUUUCGUCUCUAUUAUUUAAAUAAAAUGAAGAUUCAAAAAUCAGAUACCAUGAUUCGAACGAGUUUACUGACUGUUCAAAUGAUAAUCAUUGCUCUCAAUUUGGUCCUGAUUGCUGUGGUGAUCAACAAAAGAAAAUGCAAGACUAUUUCAUUGAGUAUGUGGACGUUAUUAGUAACUAUGAUAAUCGGCUCCAUAAUAUUGAAUAUGGAAGUUAUCAUUCAGUACUUUACACCAACAUUACCAUUAUGCCUUCUAGCUCCAUGGCUCCGGGAAUUAGGAUUCGUGAUAUUCUACGGUGCGAUUGAUUUGAAAUUAUAUAGGAUUCUGAUGCAGUUUCGUACUAGAAAAGCGCACUGUUGGACAAUAACUGACAAAGAUCUGCUGAAAUAUUUAUUGUUUGGUGUUAUUGUAGUAAUUGUUUACCUCACUGCCUGGACUGCAGUUAGCCUUAACUUCUUUAAUGAAGGAUGGAUUCUCGUGAAUCAUAUUAAAACCGAGGAUGGUUUUUUAUACACAACGUGCAAACCUCAGUGGUGGAAUCAUGUUACGGAAUUUGGUGAAAUACUGAUUUUAACUAUGGGGUUAUACUAUGGAAAUUCGGCACGUAAUGCUCGCGUGCAGUUUGAAGAGCGGCGUUUUCUUUUUUACGCAAUUGCAGCGGAAUUAACGUUUAGUACAAUUUAUAAUACCUUUCGUACUGUUUAUCCCAUACCGUUCCAUCAGGAUAUGACGUUCAUAGCUGCUUUUUCACGCAGCUUGUUGACAAAUACUCUUGCAUUGAUAAUCAUAUUUGCACCAAAGUUAUGGUAUCAAAAAAAAGUGAACGCCGAACUCAGACAUUCAGCUAUAAAUCAAGAACUUUCUGAAUCAUUAAAAGCUGAUAUAGCUGAUAAAGACCUCAGAGAAAUGAACAUAUCGGAGAUGACUUCAGAUGAAAUACGGGAAGAACUCAGUCGUGUUUAUGUACAAAUGGGAAUAUUACGGGAUAAAACUGUAUGUAAGAAAAACCCUCAUAUAUCUAAACGAAAAGGUGGAAAGAAAUUGCCACAUAGACGAUUUUCAUUACAGAAGAAAGGAAGCAGAGACAAGUCUUCCAUUAAAAUUCGAAAAAAAAAUAAAGAACUAGAUUCAUCAGAAAUAAGUGAAACAAAUGAGACAAAUGAAAUAUCUAAAUCCCCGGAAGACUCAGUGGUCAGCAAUGAAGACGCUCCCGCUGUUGUAAGUGGUAUUUGUAGUUGUCAUUCAACGACGGGAAUACAUCAGACUGCUUGCAAUGAAUUUAAUGACAGUAAUGAUAACAGUUAUGGCGAAGGACCAUCGUGUUCAAAAUCCAACGUAUUGACCUAAUGGCUUUGGCUUAGAAAGACCGCAAUGUCCAUAAAAUAAAUUAGUAAGAGAUGGAUUUUAUGUUACUAUGGUGAUCAACAGCAGUUUUAGAUGUGUUAGUACCUAUUUUAAACAAAUGUAGUAGAUUAAACAAAUUUCUACACUAAUUAUUGAUGCACUUUUGCUAAAUAGAUUAAUUUUGAUCGAGAUGAAAAGACACUAGGUAUUAAAAGAAAAAUUACGUUUUUUAAUACUAUUUGAUUCAAAACUAAGGUUAAAAAUGUUCCGUAAUUGUGAUACAGAAAUUAUUUACUAAAAAGAUGUCUUACUUGCAUUUGUUAGAUUACAAGAGCGCAAUAUUCCAACAUAGAAAAUUUAAGCUUAGCAUAGUAUUAUUAUUUUCGUUUUUAUUAUAAAACUUAAAGAUAACAACAUGG